AUGGAUAUUCACUUUGUAUCUGUGGUAAAUGACCAGUGGAUCCAGUCUCUGGUAGCGGCAUUAACAGAAAUCCACAAGAAAAUAGGAGAACAGUUAGAAUCAUAUGUAAAAGACAUUAAAUACCCAGACUCAUCAUUACUUUCUGAAUGCAUAUCGCUUUCAUCUCAGGCAUCAAAAGAACAAAAAAUACCAAGUCUAACAUCUGACCAUAAAUAUCUGAAUAAUAAAGCCUCAGGAAGAUCAUUGGGAUGUUGUCCCUUUGAAAGUAGCUGGAGGAGUGCAUUGUUGAAGACACAAAAGAUAAAAAAAGAAUACUCUUCAACCUUUGGCCUGAAAGACUGUGAGGAGAGUCCUGCAAUGCCAAACCUUACUUACGGAAUCCAAAGCUAUCAAGAAAACCCAACUCCUAAUCUACAGAUGAAAAAGGGAUUUGCACAUGGUGCUGCUAAACCACUUCCAGCUGGGGGAGACAUACCUGUGAAGGAUCUGCAGAGGAGAGGACUAGAUUCUUGGAACCCAAGUCCACUGAAGAUGCCAGCCAUUCAUGAUGGAGGUGGAGAGAUAGGAGCUUCAAGAUCAAAGAAGAAUAUCCCUGCUUCCAGCAUAUAUUCACUUCCAGUGGGAACCAAAUACAAGUUUGGUCCUCACCAUUUCAUAGAUCCUUUUGCUGGAGCUCCACCUGAAUACAUACAGAGACUUUCUGAAAUGAAAUCAUUUCAGUGUGAAACUAUACGCCAAGAGAAAAACAAAACAUUGAAAAAGGGCAAGAAGCAAGAGACAUGGACAAGCUGAUGGGCAAGAAACAAACUCUUGUGUACACUGUUUUGUGAGCUAAGAUUGUUUUGCCCACUGAAAUACAAAAGCUUUGCAUUUUAAAUACAGUAAGAUACUAAAUAAUGUUUUACCUGAAAACCCGUUUAAUGUAAA